UCACUGAAGCAACCGAGAGAUUAAAACAUAGCUCUGUAACGUUUGAUAUAAAAAGGAAGUAAGCGGGAGACGUUUACAGCCAUUAUACAUACGAACGAUCCUCUUCUGAACGACCCCAUCCAGUGAAAGAUGCCUUCCCGCUUCAGUUUCUACUCUGCACUUGUGCUGGUAGCGACAGGUUUUGUCCUCAUAGCAGUUGUUGAUUCAGAAGAGCAAAUGACCACCUGUGAUUCCCACAAUUUGAACGUCCAUCGUCUACACUGUGAGGAAGGAGUGAUCAUCAUAGAGCAAGCUUUGUACGGUCGCUCAAGCGUGGCGGUGUGCGCCGAAGGCCGACCUCCACAGCAGGUGGCAAACACGCAGUGCGCUCGCCCAGGCGCAGUUGACACCCUGAGAACAAGAUGCAAUGGCAAAAAGACGUGCGACAUAAACACAAGUUUUUUUAGCACUCCCGAUCCCUGUGUUGGCACCUUUAAAUAUUUGCAGACCAACUUCACCUGCAUGCCUGCAAUUACUGUGGUAGCAUGCGAGGAGUCUUUGGCGCAAUUGUCUUGUGAUGUCGGGCAAGUUAUCUUCAUCUACGGUGCCGACUACGGACGUCGCGACCAGACCACGUGCGCCUUCAGGAGGCCUCCGAAUCAGAUACAAAAUGUCGAAUGCCUACGCCCGACUGAAAUUGUCCUCAACAGGUGCAAUGGGCAAAACAACUGUACCAUUCGUGCAAGCAACAGUGUGUUUGGAGACCCCUGUGUAGGCACUUACAAGUACUUGGAGGUUGCUUACACUUGUCUAUUUCAAUAGACCUAACCUUUGCACACCUUGCCGGAAAAAAAACAUGGAGUACAGUCACAUUGUUUAAGAAUGGCUUGUCGAUGGCUGUCAUUGGCACUGAAACAUGAUCUUUCAACAUAGAAGAAACAUAAUCUGCCUUACAUUUGUUCAAUUCCACUCCCAAAUAAAUUUGUUCUUGCAAUCA